AUGGCGCGCUCGUCAAGGAGUACGCUGGCCCUAGGCCUGGGCCUCCUUUGUUGGAUCGCCCUCCUUUUCUCCCCUCUCGCCAUGGUGCAGCCUGCGGCUGCUGCCGAUGAGGCAGAGAACCUGGGCACCGUUAUCGGUAUCGAUUUGGGUACCACCUACAGCUGUGUCGGUGUGAUGCAAAAAGGCAAAGUCGAGAUUCUCGUCAACGACCAGGGUAACCGAAUUACUCCUUCAUACGUCGCUUUCACAGAGGAAGAGCGUCUCGUUGGUGACUCGGCCAAGAACCAGGCUGCCGGCAACCCCUACAACACCAUUUACGAUGUCAAGCGUCUCAUCGGUCGCAAGUUCUCGGAUAAGGAUGUGCAGUCUGAUAUGAAGCACUUCCCCUACAAGGUCCUAAACAAGGAUGACAAGCCUAUUGUUCAGGUCGAGGUGAACGGUGCUCAGAAGCAGUUCACCCCCGAGGAAGUCUCUGCUAUGAUUCUUGGCAAGAUGAAGGAGGUUGCGGAGUCGUACUUGGGCAAGAAGGUUACCCACGCCGUCGUGACGGUGCCUGCCUACUUCAACGACAAUCAGCGCCAAGCCACCAAGGACGCCGGUAUCAUCGCUGGUCUCAACGUCCUCCGUAUCGUCAACGAGCCCACGGCUGCCGCUAUCGCCUACGGUCUGGACAAGACCGACGCCGAGCGUCAGAUCAUUGUGUACGAUCUCGGUGGUGGUACUUUCGACGUGUCUCUGCUCUCCAUUGACCAGGGUAUCUUCGAGGUUCUGGCCACCUCUGGUGACACCCACUUGGGUGGUGAGGACUUUGACCAGCGUGUCAUCAACUUCUUCGCCAAGUCCUACAACAAGAAGAACAGCGUCGACAUCACCAAGGACCUCAAGGCCAUGGGUAAGCUCAAGCGUGAGGCCGAAAAGGCCAAGCGCACUCUGUCUUCGCAGAUGAGCACCCGCAUCGAGAUUGAGGCUUUCUUCGAGGGCAACGAUUUCUCUGAGACUCUCACUCGCGCCAAGUUCGAGGAACUCAACAUGGACCUCUUCAAGAAGACCCUGAAGCCUGUUGAGGAUGUCCUCAAGCAGGGCAACGUCAAGAAGAGCGAGAUUGACGAUAUUGUUCUCGUCGGUGGUUCCACCCGUAUUCCCAAGGUCCAGUCCCUCAUUGAGGAGUACUUCAACGGAAAGAAGGCUUCCAAGGGUAUCAACCCUGACGAGGCUGUCGCUUUCGGUGCCGCUGUCCAGGCUGGUGUUCUUUCUGGCGAGGAGGGUACCGAGGAGCUCGUCCUCAUGGAUGUCAACCCUCUUACCCUCGGUAUUGAGACCACUGGUGGUGUCAUGACCAAGCUGAUCUCCCGCAACACUGCCAUCCCUACCCAGAAGAGCCAGAUCUUCUCCACCGCCGCCGACAACCAGCCCGUGGUUCUGAUCCAGGUGUACGAGGGUGAGCGUGGCAUGACCAAGGAUAACAACAUACUCGGCAAGUUCGAGCUUACCGGCAUCCCCCCUGCCCCCCGUGGUGUUCCUCAGAUUGAGGUGUCUUUCAACCUCGACGCCAACGGUAUUCUCAAGGUCUCUGCCCACGACAAGGGCACCGGCAAGAGCGAGAGCAUCACUAUCAACAACGACAAGGGCCGUCUCACCCCCGAGGAAAUUGAGCGCAUGGUUGCUGAGGCCGAGAAGUACGCCGAGGAGGACAAGGCCACUCGUGAGCGCAUUGAGGCCCGUAACGGCCUUGAGAACUACGCCUUCAACCUCAAGAACCAGGUCAACGACGAUGACGGUCUCGGCAGCAAGAUUGACGACGAGGACAAGGAGACUAUCCUCGAUGCCGUCAAGGAGACUGUCGAGUGGCUCGAGGAGAACAGUGCCGAGGCCACCACCGAGGACUUUGAGGAGCAGAAGGAGAAGCUGUCCAACGUCGCAUACCCCAUCACCUCCAAGAUUUACGGCGGUGCCGGCGGCGAGGGUGCUGAUGGCGGCGAGGAUGGCGAGUUCCACGACGAGUUGUAA